AUGGCUGCGAGAGCCAUGCUGCGACGGCCCGCGAUCCAGCUCGCCGUCGCCAACGCCGCCGCCGCCUCCUCGCGUUGGAGUGGCCUGACGACGACCACGACGACGAUAACGAGGACGACGAUGCCGACCGCCCGCGCGCCUCCGUUCUGGGCUGGCUCCUCCCGGCGCGGCUACGCCCAAAUCUCACGAGACAAGAUCAACCGGGCCAUGAGCCACCAGCAGAAGCUCGGCGAGCGCGGCGCGACGAGGGAGCAGACCAUGUCGCAGAUGCAAAAGGCGGCCGCCAUGGACAUCUUCAAAGACGGCGGCGGGCCACUGUUUCCAGGCACCUUCGUCCCGAUCCCCUUCUCCCAGCGUCCCAAGAACCCCCUCCAGCUCGCCCGCUACCAGUGGUGGCGCCUGCGCAGCUACGCGCAGUGCGUCCUCUCCGUGCUCACCAUCAAGCUGCGCUCUAUGCCCUCGUGGACCACCCGCCCGCAAUGGAAGGCGCGCCGGGCGCGCAUCGCGCCCACCGCGCGCGCCAUGUACCGCGAGGCGCUCGAAGCCUUCGCCGCCGGCGACAAGGCGACCGUCGCGCGGCUGUGCAUGCCGCGUUUCGCCACGCAGCUGCACGCCGCCAUGGACCGGCGCAGCCCCCGCGAGACGGUCCGCUUCGAGCACGUCAAGGACACCCGGAGGCUCGUGUACCCGCGGCUGGUCAGCCACCUGAUCCACGCGAUCAACCCGCACGACAAGACGGCGCUGACGGAGCAGGCGGUCGUCGCGGUCUCGUCGCAGCAGCAGCUGUCGCGGCACAAUAAAGAGGACGGAAGGGUCGUGCCGGGGAGCCUGCGCGUGCAGGACAAGGUCGAGUACGUGGUGUUGGCGAGGGCGAUGGAUACCAAGACGUACCCGGAUACGCCGUGGCGGAUAUGGGGCACUACGGGCGGCACGACGCCCGAGGCAUACAAGCAGGAGCAGGCGGUCAUCCGCAAGGAGUCGGCGCACCGCGCGGGCUGGAAGGAGAAGGCGUAG